ACGCGCAGGUUAUUACGUCAUACUCUGACAGUCAUGUCCAUAUUGUCAACUGAAGUCUGGCUGUGUUUAUAUUAUUUGCUCGGAUUGCCAAGAAAUUACACAGCAAUGUCGUGAAAAGACAAAGCACAAGAACAGUAAUGGAGGACUGCACGCCCUUGUUUACUUUCGGGAUAAUAGCUGACAUACAAUACGCAGACAAAGACGACGGAUUCAAUUUUUUAAGAACAAGGAGACGCUACUACAGGAACAGUCUUGAACUGCUGCGUUCAGCGAACCGUGUUUGGAAAGAGGAACCAGUCAAUCCCAGCUUUAUUCUUCAGCUAGGAGACGUUAUCGAUGGUUUUAAUAAGAAAAACGAGGCUUCGGAUCGAGCCCUAGAAACGGUCGUCAGUGAAUUUGACAACUGUUUAGUGAAGGUACAUCAUGUUUGGGGAAAUCAUGAGUUUUAUAACUUCAGCAGAAACAGUCUGUUUGCCUCUUCAAUUAAUAGCGAAACGAAACCCGCAUCCGGACGGAAUUUCAUUGAUGACGAAAUAUAUGCGUAUCACUUCAGCCCCGCCCCCAAGUUUCGAUUUGUAGUUCUCGAUGCAUAUGACUUAAGCAUCAUAGGAAGAGAUCCAGCCCAUGAAAAGUACAACCAGGCAAUGAACAUCUUAAAGGAACAGAACACCAAUAAUGAUCUCAACCAUCCUCCAGCGUCUGGUUGGUUAGAGCAAAGGUUUGUGAAGUUUAAUGGAGCAUUCAGCCAAGAGCAGCUUCAGUGGUUGGAUAAAGUCUUAACUCUUGCUGACCAGAAACAAGAGAGAGUAACUAUCCUGAGUCAUCUUCCUGUUCACCCAGACUCUGCAGACCCAAUUUGCCUUGCUUGGAAUUAUGAUGCAAUGCUCUCUAUUCUUCACUCUCAUAGCAGUGUAAUUUGCUUUAUUGCGGGACAUGACCAUGAUGGAGGCUAUCACAAAGAUGCAUCUGGCAUUCACCACCUAACACUGGAAGGGGUGAUUGAAACCCAUCCAGAUAGCAAUGCCUUUGGGACUGUUUAUGUCUAUGAGGACCAGAUGGUUCUGAAGGGCAAUGGAAGGAUAUCAGACCGAGUUCUCGUGUAUCCAAGCCCUUCAUAAAAUAAAAUGUAUUGAAUUAUGGGAAUAAUAGUCCCAUAUCAUUAAAAUAUAAUAAAAAUAAUGCAAUUUUUGCCAAUGUGGUGUAAAAUGUUGCAUUAUAAACCUAGAAAGAUGCUCAAAAAAUGUACAGUUUAAAAGUAAAAACAAUUGUAUUUACUUCAAACCAAAUUAUAUUUAUAACAUUUAUAACAAUAAAAUGAGAACUAGUAAAAUUAUAAAUAUGUGAAUAAUUGAUCAGAUGUUUCAGCUUGUUUAU